GUGGUGCACGACAUCUUCGCCGAAGCGGCCGAGGACAUGGCCAACGCAGAGGAGGUGCGGGGGUGCCCGGAGAUCCUGGCCGACGCAUCGCCAGAUGAUCCGGAGCCGCCUCAGCAGGAGGAGCCGCGGCCGAAGCGCCAACGGUGCCGGAGGCCCGUCGAGGCUUGUCCUGGUCAGGACGGCGUCGCCUGCGUCUUCUCGCUGCAGGCGCGCACUUUUGGUGGGGCUGCGAGGGUCCGACACGGCCAAGCUGCCUGUACUUGGUGCAGCCCUGUUCAGUUGGGCGAGCAGCUCCGAGACCCACACCGCCGCAAGAACAUCACGCACGCGCUCCGCCUCUGGUCCGACGCCGAGCAGGAAGCGGUCUUGGCCCGGGCGUGGGGGCGUCUCCCUGCCGACUCCCACGCCGGACUGCGGCAGGCACUGGCGCGCCCUUCGCGCGCUAAGACCACCGUCGCGGCUCGUCGAGCUGCCGCUGCUGAGGCACAAUCCUGGAGCAGGUUGCUUUCCAAUCGGGUCGCGCUUGGGCUUCCGAUGCCUGCAGAGGCAGAGGCGAUAUAUCGCUCCAAGCGGAGGGACGAUGAGAGGCGUCUCCGAGCCAAGUUUGGACCUGCGUUGGAUGCCCGAGCAGAAGGUGACGAAAGCUGGCGAUCCCCUUUGGCCGCCCGCUUCGAAGCCUGGUGCCGAGAGAACUCUUGGGCGCUGUGUGAACAAUGCCAUCGCCUCGAGCAGCGCUCGCUGCAGGAGCGUGAUAUCACGGGCGUACGCCCCGCCAAGCACACGGUGCUCCGGUGCCGCUACUGUUGCACUGGCUCCGGGUACCCGACUGUUUCACCGGACCUGAUCCCAAAAGAGCUGCAGCACUUGUCGACAGCUGCGUUGUCGGCCUUGCGGCCUCUGUCCCCUGACGUCGGGCCACCAGUGUUCGCCAAGCAUGGCUACCGGGUCCACACCGACAUGAUUCGCUUCUGGUGGCGCCCGCAGACAGUGGAGGCCCAGCUGCACGCGCUCGCGGACGCGGACCGCGCAGCCGCCCGGGCGGCUUUUCGUUAUCUCAUGGCCGCCGCCGACAGCUCGUAUGCAAAGUUCGUCCACAUGCACUCCCAGUUCUUGCGUCGCAACCGUGCCCGACUCACUGGAGAGGCGCACGAUGGCCUUCUCCGGCUGCCGCGUCGAGCACUGGAGGAGGAGGGUCUGGAAUGCGCGGUCUGGCCACAUCUGUACCCUCGCACCUGUAUGUGCGAAACGCACAUCCGACGAGCGGAUGUGCGGCGUCGAGACCGGAUGGAGGCGCGGCGCGUCUCAGCCCUGGGAUCUGCAGCUGCCGGCGUGGAAUCACACUCCGACAGCGAGGACACGGCCGGUGCGGACGAGGGCGUUUCGGAGGGGGACGGUGCGGAGGCCGCCGCUCCCUUGGACUUCGCUCGAUCCGGGCGCAACUCCGCAAAGAGCGCCUACCUGGCCAAGGUGCUCGGCCCCACUCUCGGAUACGGGGCCGACUAUGAGCUGUUCCAAUUCGUCUAUGACUUGUGGCUGUGGAGCGCGCUCGGGGCCAAGAAAAACACGGUGGACGCCCCCUUACGCGUGGCGAUGGCCGGGUAUUCCUUUUCCCCGGAAUAUUGGCAAACUCGCCACGCCGGACUGAUCGACGUCGUCAAGCAACUCGGCCUGCCGACCGUCUUCCUCACCAUUGCUCCAUAUGAGUGGAGUUUUCCUUUUCACUCGUGGGUCGAGGACGAGAUGGCCAAGCUGCUGCGGGCACGCCUCCGCUUGCCGGCUGCCGAGACGCUCCACAUUGCCCACGUCUUGGCCCAGGCAGCUCAGGGCCUCCUGACGGGCGCCAACAGCAGGCGCACAGCGCAGGGCCGAGCCGACAGAGCUCCGUGGCGUAGCCACGUCUUCGCCGCCAAGGACGGCAGCGGCCGCCGAACCGUCGUGAACUUCUUCGGCCGCCUCGAGUACCAGGACGGGAAGCGACGCCGCUACGUCAAUGCCCGGGAGGCCGCCGCACAGUUCUACCAUGGCCGCGGCACCGUCCACCUGCACCUGUUGGUCUGGCUGCAGCACGUCGAGGCGGUGCGCUUGGAGGACAGUCUCUCAGCUACGGUCCCGGCGGACAACCCUGCCAUGGCUUCCCUCAUCGAGGGCUCGCAGCGCUCCUGGACUGGCAGCGGGUGGCCAGAGGAACCCGGUCCCUCCCGCUACGAUGCUUCCGCCCAGGUGCUCCGCCUGCACCACUCGGCCUCAGAUUUCUGUCGCUUCGAUGCGGCCGGCAAUCCUGAGGGUGUGCGCGGCUACGUCAAGGAUCUUCUGGCCAGUUUGCAGUGCCACGUGGAUGUGCAGAUGACGGACGGCCGUGGCAUGCUGCUCAAGUACGUUUCGGGCUACGUGCCGAAGUUCUCUGACAGCUUCACGACCGAGUGGCUGGCCGACGCAUGCAGUGACUAUGCCGUCGCGCGCAGGGUCCUCACGGACUAUCACCCUCUGGAACCGGAGAUGAUCUUGCAGUUGGCCAUGCAAUGGUUUCCCCAGUGCUUUGCGGGGAGUACCUUGCAGCGCUUCCGGGUGCCCGUGCCCUGGGAAGCCGAGCUCCCGGAGCGAGUGGAGCAGUACAUGGCCAGCCGGUGGCGCGCGGCCGACAUGCCGUUGGCGGACUACCUUCGACGAACCAAUGUGUCCGGAGGCAUCCACAGAGCCUUCCAACGUCGACACAAGCAGGCCGUGGCCCAGACUCUGGCGGUCGAGGGCGCGGACGCAGCGGAGGCCAUGGAGUCCUUGGAGGCCUGGGUCAACGGCGCCCCCCUGCAAGGGGACGUGGCGGUGGCGGCCAUCUAUCUGUCUCGCUACAACGACCGCUACUACGGGCAGUGGGUGCUCAUGAACGUGCCCUUCCGUUCUUUGCGCGAGCUGGAACGCCGCGAGUUGGAACUGGUUCCACCGCACCUGUACUACCAGACACUCGCGCUCCUGCUGCGGCCUGAGCACUGGACGAGCGAGGCGGCCAUUCGUGCCGAGCUGGAGCUGGAGGCCUUCCGAGAGCAUCAUGUGCGCAACAUCAUCGCCAUGAUCUUCGCGAACCAGCGCCUGAUUCGCAUGUACCUCUCUGGGGAGCUGGACAAACACGAUGACGCCCCCGUGAGCGACGGGCGCGAUGCAGCAGCGGGCAACCCGGGCGACGUGCAGCUCUCCCGUCAGCAAAGGAACAUCGCGGACGAGCUCGUUCUCGCCGUGCAGGAUGGCAUGAUCCGGAAGCGUGCGGGGGAGAACGCCUGGAAGGGCGAAGGCCCUGGGUCGGACGAUCCCGCCGACGCUGACUCGCAGAAUCACGCCUGGGCGCCCCUGCCGGAUGCCUCGCCAUUCGUGCCGGCGCCGGACACCGGCCGUUGUGCCUUUGCAGUCCUGGGCCCUGCGGGCAGUGGGAAGACCACGGCCGUGCACGAGGCCAUCCGACAGACCGUCGACGCCGGCGGCAGGGUCCUCCUCACUGCCCCCACUGGACGUCUGGCCGCCACGCUACGCGAGAGGUUCCCCGAACUAGAGGUCGACACCGUGCACGGCGCCUUCCUGGUGCACAAGCCUGCCCAGGAGACCUUGGAGGUGCUGUGGCCCUACGACCUGAUCGUCGUCGAGGAAGUCGGCCAGCUCUCCCGCGCCAUCUUCGAACGCAUCGUGGAGCAGUGGCAGGCCGCGGAGCGCCUCCCGACGUUGGUCUUCGUUGGUGACUUCUACCAGCUGCCGGGCGUCGACCCCUCCAGCGCCCUCGACUCCGCGCUGUGGCACAGCGUCCUGGUCAAGAAGCGGGAGCUCCACGCCAUGUUGCGAUGCAAGUGCCCCGAGCUGCGCAAGAAGCUGGAGCUUCUCCGCGUGGGCAAGCCGACCGUCGAGCAGCUGAAGAAGAUCAAGGCUGGCCACAAGGCCCCGGCGAGGCACCGGGCGGGCUACGUCAUGAACGCGGAGCCGUCCCAGGAGGACGUGACUCACAUCCUGGCGGAGACCCCGCGGACGCUCUUCCUUACCAUCAGUCGCCGCGCCUGCGCCCAGCUCAACGACAUGGCCGUCGCCGCCCUCUUCUCCGACGCGGCGCCCCUGGCGGUCGUUCCCGGCGACCCGGAGAGCAAUGUCGACAACUACCAGGAUGGCAAGAUGGUGGCGCAGGACCCGGUUGAGGUGCCCAUCUACCGCGGGGCGCGUGUCAUCCUCACCAAGAACUUGAACAAGUCGGUGGGCUUCGUCAACGGGAUGGGUGCGGUGGUGCUCGGCAUGGACGGAGGCAACGUCAUCGUUAAGACCGACCAGGGCAUCCGGCUCGCGGUGCACCCGUGGACCUCCGAGGAGCGCGUCGCCCACUUCCCCUUGCGCCUCGGCUACGCCAGCACGCUCCACAAGGUGCAGGGCGCCACCCUCCCCCACAUCACCGUGUGGCUGGACGUGCCGAACAUGCCGGCGGCCGCGUACGUGGCCCUCAGUCGGGUGGAAUACGACGCGAACUGGCGCUUCGUGGGCAACCCGGGCAUCCACCACUUCACGCCUGCGCACUUCCACUGA